AUGUCUAAUUUUGUUACGGAAGCCAAAUAUGGUGGUGAAUCAUUUUCCAGCGACGAGCAAACAAGAUUAUUUCUUUUGAAGAAAUCUUUGUCCGUAACUCUUGCUCGUUUUUAUACUUUUGCUGGUCGAAUUAAGGAUCACUCAAUUGAAUGCAACGACAAUGGGGUACCUUUCUACGAGGCUUUUGCUCAUUAUAAUUAUCAGUUUGAAGAUGUUUUUAGAAAGCCUGAUAUCGAUAAACUUACUGCUCGAGAUAGCACCGACGACUAUGUGAUCCCGGAUUUUGUUGCAGCUGCAGAAUCCCUGCCACCACCUAUUCCCCAUGUUUCACCCAAGUCUAUGAGGUCAGAAAUGAUCAAAAUUUUAUUUGAUGAACAACGUGUCGCUAAACUUUUUGCCUUUGAUGCAUCUACUAUUGCAUCGCUCAAGGCUAAGGCUGUCAGUGAUUCUGUACAAGUGCCUACUCGCGUUGAGGUAGUAUCAGCUGCGAUCUGGAAAUGUGCCAUGGUUGCUUCAGGGAACGAGAGAAGAUCAUCUCGAUUGGCGCACAACGUAAAUAUACGAAAGCGUCUUGUCCCUCCAUUGCCAAACCAUUGUGUAGGAAACGUUGUUACACCUGCCACAGCAUGUAAAGGCGAGAAUGAUGGCUCUGACUUGCCCACUUUGGUCACUUGUAUAAGAAAAACAUUAUCAGAACUGAGUUCCAAAUAUAUGGAUUAUAAAAAGAAUCGAGAUGAGGCAAUAUUGGCUAUUCCCUAUGACACCGCGGAGCUCUUUGCAGCAAUUUUUCGAGGCGAGAUAGAUCUACAUAUUAGUAGCUUGUGUGGCUACCAAUUUUAUGUUGAUUUUGGCUGGGGAAAACCUUCAUGGGUAAGUCGGAUUCAAGAUUUUGGUACAAAUGCUUGA